UGCCCCCCAACUGUCCCCUCCCAUCCUCAGGGCCACCUCCCGGCCCCCUCGGCCCCCUCAGGCCCCACCACCCCACAGUCCCUCAAGCUGACUUACCCCGAGACCUUGGAUCGCAUCAAGGAGGAGUUCCAGUUCCUGCAGAACCAAUACCACAGCCUGAAGUUGGAAUGCGAAAAGCUGGCGACGGAGAAAACCGAAAUCCAGCGACACUACGUGAUGUACUAUGAGAUGUCCUACGGGCUGAACAUUGAGAUGCACAAACAGACGGAGAUCGCCAAGCGGCUGAACGUCAUCUGCGCGCAGCUCAUCCCGUUCCUAUCGCAGGAGCACCAGCAGCAGGUGGUCCAGGCGGUGGAGCGUGCCAAGCAGGUGACUAUGAGCGACCUGAACGCGGCCAUCGGGCACCAGCUCCAAACGCAGCACCUCUCGCACCAUGCCCCCCCCAUCCCGCUGACCCCCCACCCCUCUGGGAUGCAGCCCCCCACCCUGGCCGGGCUGGGCAGCGCUUCGGGGCUGCUGGCGCUUUCGGGGGUGCUGGGGGGGGCCCAGCUCCUCACCAAGGAUGACCGUGGGGUCCACGACGGCGAGCACAGGGAGCGAGACCCGGGUCCUAGCUCUCUGGUGCUGCCCAACGGGGAUCGGGCACGAGCCAUCUCUGAGUACCUGAGCAGCAGCAAAAAGAGGAAGGUGGAGGAGAAGGACUUUGUGACAGACUAUGGCAGCGAUGCGGACAAAAGCGAAGACAACCUGGUGGUGGAUGAGGACCCCUCAUCCCCACACAGUGUCCAUUCCUACUCCUCCCGUGAGAACGGGUUGGAGAAGCUGCCGCUGGGACGGAAGGAGCCGGCGCCGCUCAGCCCCACCUCCAUGGCCUCCUCCAGCAGCGCGUCCCCAUCGCGCAGCAAGGAUGCAGCCAUGGUGGAGAAGGCAGGGACACCCAGCCUCAAGUCCAGCACCCCCACAUCUCAGGGCGAUGCGGCAGCGCCAGGAUCCAGCAGUGCCCCACAGUUCCGCCCCACUGCAGCCAAAGCCCCCGUGGACUCCCUGGCCCUGGGCCUGAGGACCCCGCUGGGCGUGCAGAGCCCCUACUCCUUCAGCAUGGCUCACCCUGCUGUCAAUGGGGACAUGGCUGGGGCGGGUGCCUAUGCCAGCCUGCACCUCGUGUCCCCGCAGCUCAACGGCACCGCGGCCGCCGGCAGCUAUGGCCGAUCCCCGCUGGUCGGCUACGACCCUCACCCUCACAUGCGUGUGGCAGGGCUGGCGGCCGGAAUGCAAGUGGGGACAUCGGGGAAACC